AUGGACUUGAGGAAUUUUACAAUAAGAAUAAUGUUCUUAACACAAAGUACAGUUGGAAUUCUAGGAAAUCUUGCCCUUCUUUUAAACUAUAUAAUUAUUUACUAUAAUGAACAUACAUUGAAGCCUACAGAUUUGAUCCUCACACAUUUAAUCACAGCCAACUUUUUGAUCAUUCUCUCUAAAGGAGUUCCCAAUACAAUGGCAGCUUUUGGGAUGAAACAAUUCUUCAAUGAUUUUAUGUGCAAACUUUUUUUAUAUAUUCAAAGACUUGGCAGAAGCAUGUCUAUGGGAACUACAUGCCUCUUGAGUGUCUAUCAGGCCAUCACCAUCAGCCCUUAUAAAUCCUUUUGGAAGAAUUUUAAAUUCAAAUCUCCAAACUACAUCAGCCUCUGUAUUUCUAUCUGCUGGGUGCUGCACAGUGCCAUAAAUUUCAUUUUCCCUGUGUUUGUGCAUAUCAAAAGGAGUCACAAAAAUGCAACAGAGAAAAGAGAUUUUGCAUACUGCUCCUCUUGGGGUCGUGAUAAAAUUGUAGAAUCACUGUACACAACAUUGCUGGUGUUCCCUGAAGUCGUGUUUUCUGUGCUCAUCAUCUGGUCUAGUGGCUCCAUGAUUACCAUUCUGUACAGACACAAGCAGCACAUUCAACACAUUCGGACCACUCAAGAUUCCCUCAGAACCUCCCCUGAGGCUAGAGCCACACAGAGCAUCCUGGUUCUGGUGUCUUCUUAUAUAGCUUUUUAUACCCUUUCCUCUAUAUUACAAGGUUUCAUUGCUGUUCUGUCUAAACCCAAUUUGUUCUUGAUGAACAUCACAGCCAUUAUUUCUAUGUGUUUUCCCACUUUGUGCCCUUUUCUAAUGAAUUGUAGCUUCAUUGUGCUCAGAUUCUGCUUAUUCAGCAUAGGUAAUAUAAAAAAGCCAGUGAUUGUUUCAUAG